AUGGCAAAGGAAUUGGGUGCAACGCAUGUAAUUGACGGCUCCAAACUUGGUGACAAGUCGCUCCCCGAUGCUAUCAAAGAGGCAGCCGAAGGUCUCGGUCCGACUGUAGCGAUUGAUACCACAGGUGCUCCACCUCUCAUCAAAGCCGGUGUAGCUGCCAUGCGAAACAAAGGCCGCUACAUCCAAGUCGGAAGUGCACCGUUUGACUUCAACCUCGACUUCAAUUUGUUCGAGUUCAUGGCCGCUGGCAAGUCAGUAGCUGGUGCAAUCGAGGGAGAGGCGUAUCCGCCUGAGUAUGUGCCUAAGAUGAUCCAGUGGUACCGCGAGGGUCGCUUCCCUGUCGACAAACUGGUCAAGUUCAUGCCUGCGGAUCAGUUCGAGCAGGCACUUAAGGAGAUGCACGAUGGCACUACCAUCAAGCCUAUUCUCCGGUGGACUUGA